AUGGCCUUUUUUCAAGAUUGUUGGGAGAUUGUGCGGGAGGAGGUGAUUCAGGUUCUACAAGAAUUUUAUGAUUAUCAAAAGUUUGAGAAGUCGUUGAAUGCCACAUUUAUCGCUUUAAUUCCCAAGAGAGUGGGUGCUUCAGAGUUGAAGGAUUUCCGUCCUAUUAGUUUGGUAAGUGGAAUUUAUAAGAUUAUUUCGAAGGUUUUGGCAAAUCAAAUGAGCAAGGUGAUGGAUAAGAUUACUUCUAAAUCUCAAAACGCAUCUGUUAGAGGUCGACAAAUCAUUGAUUCAGUGUUGAUUGCGAAUGAGUGUUUAGAUAGUUGGAUGCGGGAAGGUGUUUUGGGGGUUCUUUGUAAUGGACAGCCUUGUGGUUAUUUUCAGAGUUCUAGAGGAUUGAGACAGGGGGAUCCGUUAUUUCCAUUUUUAUUUGUUCUUGUUAUGGAAGCUUUGAGCCGUAUGGUGGAAGCAAUGGUAGGAGGAGCUGUAUCCAGACUAAAGGUGAAUUUGGGUAAAUCGGAGCUGGUCUCAGUGGGAGAUGUGCAUAAUAUUAACAAUUUGGCAGAAUUAUUGGGGUGUAGAGUUGCUUAUUUGCCUAUGAAAUAUUUGGGUCUUCCGUUGGGGGCGUCGUUCAAGGCAAAGUAUAUUUGGGAUGGGGUGGUUGAGAAGAUUGAGAAGAGUGAGAAUGCACUGUUUAGAGCUUUUCUGACUGUUUUCAGAUUGGCUGUUAAUCAACAGGCAUCAAAUUCAGAGUUGAUGAGUUAG